GGUCAAUUUACAGUCUACAAAUGAUUUGUAAUUCUAUUUCGGCCGCCUGACCAUCCUCGUCCUGUGUCUGAAUGUAGUUGAUGAUCUCUGGGGUAUAUAGACUGUAAGGCAGAGCACGGUAGGUUUAUGUUAGGAGAUUAGGGCGCUGCGAAGGGCUAAACAUAUGCCUUUGUCAUCUGCUGUCAUUUUGUUCGCUGCCUGUCACUCGCCAAGCACCCUGCGACUGACUGUGCUGUGUGCUGGCUGGACGAUUUCAUUUCAUAGUCGAGCACUGUUGUGACAAACGCGGUUUUUACAUCACCGUGUGGCUCUGGGCGAUAGCGGACCCGUGCUUCUCUCUCUCUCUCUCUCCUUUUUCUCUCUCCUUUUCUCUCUCUCCGUUCUGUGUUUGUGCGUUGCGGAGGAGGUGGGAUUGUUACAUAUAACAAAAGAUAGCCACCCUCGGUGAGAAAACGGAUCGUGCGCGCAUACAGCUGUCUGAUUGCUCACUUGGCUGUAGAGAGAUAAUCCAUCCAUCCGUUGAAUUAGGAUUCUGGGGUCGGACUGAUCUCUUGUUGCAUGGUGGUUCGGGCUCCAGAAGAGGGUCAACAAAUGCAGAAAGGGGAGAAAAGUUUCGGUAUACAAAUGCUCUCCGUCCAGCCGGACACCAAGCCAAAGGGCUGUGCCGGCUGCAACCGGAAGAUUAAGGACCGCUACCUGCUCAAGGCCCUGGAUAAAUACUGGCACGAGGACUGUCUCAAGUGUGCCUGCUGUGACUGCAGGCUGGGAGAGGUGGGCUCCACGCUCUAUACCAAAGCCAACCUCAUCCUCUGUCGGAGAGAUUACCUACGGUUGUUUGGUGUAACAGGGAACUGUGCGGCCUGCAGUAAGCUGAUCCCAGCCUUUGAGAUGGUGAUGAGAGCUAAAGAGAACGUCUAUCACCUGGACUGCUUCGCCUGCCAGCUCUGCAAUCAGAGGUUUUGUGUGGGAGAUAAGUUCUUCCUGAAGAACAAUAUGAUCCUGUGUCAGACGGACUACGAGGAGGGGCUGAUGAAGGAGGGGUACGCCCCGCAGGUUCGCUGACUCCAGAUGAAGAGCGGGUGGGAGAGAGGGGGGGUGAUGUGAUUGAGGAGAGCAGAGAGAGACUGAAGGAAGGAGGAGGAGAUCCAUCCAAUAAGACUGAAUGAAGGAGGAUGAGAGACAUCCAAUCAGACUGAAGGAAGGAGGAGGAGAUCCAUCCAAUCAGACUGAAUGAAGGAGGAGGAGAGCCAUCCAAUCAGACUGAAGGAAGGAGGAGGAGAGCCAUCCAAUCAGACUGAAGGAAGGAGGAGGAGAGCCAUCCAAUCAGACUGAAGGAAGGAGGAGGAGAGCCAUCCAAUCAGACUGAAGGAAGGAGGAGGAGAGCCAUCCAAUCAGACUGAAGGAAGGAGGAGGAGAGCCAUCCAAUCAGACACCAAAAGCACUACUACUACUCUCUCUCUCUCUCUUCCUCUCCAAAGUCAGAUCCCUAAUGUGUAUAUAACCAACUAACAACCAACUUUCAACCUGGAAGGGACCCUUUCUCCGCUGUACAGAAUAGCCAUAGAGACUAAGGGUUGUCAGAGGAGGAGGCGAGGGAGUCCCCUACAAGGUCACAAUGGACUACAUGUACAAAAGUUGACUUUGUUUGUGUUCUGAAGGAUGCUGCCUCUUCCCAGCAGCCAAACACUGGCUUUACAAUGACACCCCAAUCCACCUUCGCCCCCCCCCCACCUAAAAAAGAGACA